UUAAAAUUUUAGUUUUGAAAGGUUCUUUAGAGUUUCGAUUGAUUUAUUUUGCUUCAAACUUGCAGAAAACAGUAUAAUAAUAGAGAAAUGAACUAGGUUUAACUAUUCUGUAAUGUAAACGCUGAGCUAUACGAAUUCGAUGAAAUCCAAGAUGGCGGUUUGAGGAAAGUGCCUACACACACAGGUUGUCGAUUUCAUGUGCUGAUCAGGAAAGAGGAAAAUGGCGAGCGAUGAUGAAAAUACUCUUAGGUUUAUAAGUGUUAAUGAGUCGAUGGAGGAAAACCUAUUACGAGCUUUGGAAGCUAGUAAGGAAUACGAUUUGAACAGCGAAUGGAUUUCCGCGAGCAAUUUGGAAAAUAUUGAUUUGGAGAUACAUCGCUCGGUGUACAUUUUGGAGAAUUUUGAAGGACAAAGUUUCGAGUACUUGAAGGAAAGAAAUUGCAGGAUCGUCGGUCCACCGUGUAUAUUAUCGUGUUUACAAACAGAGACUCCGCUGCCAAAUGUCCAGUACCCAGUUUAUUGUGUAGCCAUGCGAGGCAUUGCCAUCAGUUGUACUAGUGUUCCUCGGGAAGAGAGAGAUAGGCUUUACGAUCUUAUCCGGCUGAUGGGAGGGAUUGUUAUGAAAGACUUCACCAGCGCAGUAACUCACCUGGUUGCGGGUGAGGUGGGAUCUAAGAAGUACAAGGUUGCAUGUAGUUUCAAUAAACCAAUUUUAUUACCACAGUGGGUUUACAAAUGCUGGGAGCUUAGUCAGGACGAACAUGUGUGUGCCACAGAUGAACAAUUCAUGGAAUUCAAAUGCCCAACAUUCAAGGGAAUUACUCUCUGUGUGACAGGUAUUGAUGCAGAAAAAAGAAAAGAAAUAAAGAAACUUGUGACACAACAUGGCGGAACGUACUCAGGAGCACUUGAUAUGAACACUUGUACCCAUUUACUUGUCGAUGACCCAAGGGGUGAAAAAUAUGAGUAUGCAAGAAGGUGGAAUCUUCACUGUGUUUGUACACAAUGGUUUUAUGACUCAGUUCAGACAGGCUUGUGUCUGGAUGAGUCAAGCUAUUACACUCAACCUGAUAAAGAAAAUAACAGUUCACAAGCAGGUGCAAGAUUGUCAGGUAGCUUAAUCAAAGGCAGUACUUCUAAAAGUGGCACAGAGAUGAAGGUAUCAAAUAAAGCUGCACAAGCAGCAUACAAGAGUGCACAGAAACAUGGUAACAAAGAUUUGAUCCCUAGUUCCGGAAGAAACAGUAUGCAAUCUAAUCAGUCUAAGGCUUUGGAAAAUGUUUCCAAGAUAGGAGAGACUCACAUUUCUGACCCAGAUGGCUCUGAAUUUGAUGUUAGAGUUCAGCCUGGGAAUAUGUUUCUGGAUGGUUGCAAAAUUUAUUUAAGUGGAUUUUCUGGGCAUAAGUUGGAGAAGCUUAGAAAGAUCAUCAACUCUGGAGGAGGGACAAGAUUCAAUCAGAUCAAUGAGAUUGUAUCGCAUGUUGUUGUUGGAAAUAGAAUCAAUGCAGAUAUUGAUUUGUUGAGAAACUGUGAUUUUCAAGCUUUUGUUGUUAGUGUUCAAUGGAUUUUGGAUUCUGCAAAGGAAGGGAAAAAGCUACCAGAGGAAACUUAUCUUCUCUCAGAUCUAUUACAAAGGGAAGAUCUUUCACCAUCAUGCAAAGAGAACGAGGAUCCUGAUGAAGCCGUUUCAAAAGCAGCAGAAAGUGUCUCUGUUCUUCAGCCAAAUGCAUCAGAGGAAAAUCAUAAGGACACAAAGGCCAAGCCAGAGGAGGAUCAGUGUGAUGGCAAUGAUGAUUAUGAUGAUGUUUUCUUACAAUAUCUGCCUCAGAGUGAAGAGAAAGGCAAUGAACCUGUGCACAACCUUCCUCAAGGAGACACUAGUGCACAGUUCAAAGAGCACAGUAGUCUAAGUGCUGAUCCUGAUGCUACACUUGAUGACGAAGAAGAAGAAGCUUUCCAAGAAGGAUUACUGUCUGGAAAGUACUUCACAGUGGCUGGUUUUUCCAGUGAACAGCUGACACACCUCUGGCAUCUUAUAGAGGGCAAUGGAGGAAAGGCUGUUGCCAGUGGACAAACAGCUGACUAUGCAGUGUUGCCAAUGAACACAGUUCUUGAGGAAGAUUUACAUGCAAAACAGCUAGUUACAUUUUGCUGGUUAGAGAAGAGCUUGGAAUGUGGCCAUCUUUUGGCCCUGGAGGGUGGCUUUCUCUUUAAGCCAUUCAGCAUCCCAGAUGCUGGAAAACCACUCAGUAGAUGUGUUUUGUCAAUCAGUCAGUUUACAGGAGUAGAAAGAGACCACUUGUAUCAACUAGCAGAACUUCUGGGUGCUCAUUGUCAGGAAUACUUUGUUCGUAAAGAGAGUGGGAACUACAAGGCUAGCACACAUCUCAUGUGCCAAUAUCCUGAUGGAAACAAAUACAAAGCAGCUAUAAAAUGGAAUAUCCCUGUAGUAAGUAGAGAUUGGCUAUUUGCCUGUGCCUCAGAUGGCACCUUGGUUCCCUUCGACAAGUAUCCUGUCAGCAUUGAUAAAAAAUUGGCAAUGGAUGUCAUUGAUCCUUGCCCACCAGAGAAACUGAGAGCAGACACAACUCAACUCUCGAAUUUAAAACCGGACGAAGUUGAACUUCCAAUGGAAACAACUGAUGACACAUCUGUCCCUCAUGCACAAAAGGCUUACAGUGGCUCUGGUGGAAGUACUGAAAAGCAGCCUGUGAAGAGGCCAUCUAUGUACUUCCGUCCUUUCAGACCUUCAUUUGACUUGGCUGAUGUGAUGGAAGAGCUGGCUUCACCAGCUUGUCCUAGCCUAAGAGGUAGAAAGAGUCGGGGUAGUAGAAACAGCUUUCCACUGGAUGAUUUAUUUGCAGAGAACAUCAAACAGACUCUUCAAAAACUGGGCCCUGUUGCUCCAAGCACAAGGGAAAGUGAUGACGGGAAUGACAAUGAUGAAACUUUUGACAAUGUCCAACAGGAAGGAGAGGAAAAUGGAGAACCUCAACAACAAGGUAUUCUCGUUGGUGUCAUUUUAUCUGUGAGUAAAAAGUUGGCUCAGCAACAAACAGAACUCUUCGCCUUGGCAUCAUCUCUUGGAGCUGAUUAUCGCAGGCUUUAUGAUGGAUCAUGCACUCACCUUAUUCACCAGGGUCCAUCCAAUGACAAAACUAAGGAAUAUACACAGGCAAAGGAUCGUGGCAUUCACAUAGUGUCUCCUCAUUGGCUGUACAGUUGUCAAGAAAAAAACGAGCGAGUUGAUGAGACCAUGUAUCCACACACCUUUAAUCCAAAGUUAAGUCUGCCUGUGGUGACAACGGGAAGACGAAUGACAAGGUCAUCUCGAGCUGCAGCAACGGAACAAGAGAUGUCACCACUAAAGAAACGAAAGUCACUCGCAACAAAGAUGAGUCAGUCGAGUGAAACUGAAAAACUGAGCAAGACGGGAAGUGUGCCUGAGGAGUUAGCAAGGGAGGAACAGGCUGUGGAAGGCGAUAUUGCAGAAGAGGUUCAACAAGAUCCUCAAAUGGGACCGGCUACACUUGAGUCUCUAGAGGCCAGAGAAGAUUUUAAACGUCAGCUGGAGGCGAUCAUGGAUGCUACCAAGGUAAAAGGGAGACGAAGAAGCCGGCGUCAUACGUCAUCCAACAACUCAAGCAGCGUUUCCCACAAUUCAACAGGAAAUGUAACAUCUGAGAUGUCUUUGGCCACGAAACGUACAUCAUCAAGGCUGCGAUCACGUGUUGGUUCUAAGGAAUGAAAAGUACCUUGCUGCAGUGGCCGCUGGGAAGUGGGUUCUGCACAAGUCGUUCUUGGAAGCCAGUCGGGAAGCUGGCUUCUUUAUUGAAGAGUCUCUCCACGAAUGGGGACAGGAAAUCCCUGGAGAACCUCACAAUAAACUUGCUGCUGCUGCUCGACGGUGGAGAGUCAAACUUCGCCAGGAAAGAGCGGCCGCUGCCGAAGCUGGUAAAAGUCCAUCGUCCUGCGGUGCAUUCAAUAGUUGGGUGGUUCUUCUGUGCGUGGACAAGUCACGGCAGCCAGGAUUUAAACGUCUGUUAGAAUCCGGAGGGGCUAAGGUCUCGGGAUGCAGGCCACCGUUCAAGAAUACUAGCGACUUCACGCACGCAUUUGUAGACUUAGCUAAAACGAAAGUGGAUUCUUCUGACCUGAACGCUCUUCAAAAGGAUAAUGUUUGGUGUUUGAAGCCAGAUUACAUCGCCGAGUAUCUAAUGCAGGAUCCACCACCUCCCCCUCAGAAGUACUUACUCUCAGAACCAGUUAUACCUGGUGAACAAGACAGAUCGGUUCCUGGGCAGUCAAGAAAGAGAAAGGGGGAUGAUCUCACUGGAGGCGAUAAAAGAGUUCGUGUUUAAUUUUAAACGAUGAGAGAUUGUAAGGUGCUCGCUUGAUCUUGUGUUAAAAGCAUUAGUACUACGAUGGCUUGGAGUAUAAAUCAGUAGAGAGUUCUCGCAUCUCCAGAAAGAAGUCAAGACUCGUCCCGAAACAGACUUGCUAAAUUUGGAAGAAGGGGACUUUCACCAACAGAAUUUGUGAACCAAAAAGAUUCUAACCCCUCAAACCCUAAGAGUGACUCUUUAAAGUAAUAAUGCUCUUCCAUUCAUUAAGAUCUUGAGGAUAAAGGAAAUGAUCGCCAACCUAAGAAACUUUGAUUCAGUGUUAAACAAAUUCUCUUUGUCAGUACCAAAGGAAAUGUACACAGAAGAGUAUGGAGAAUAUGGAUACUGAUGUUAGGGUGUAAAGGGUUCAAAGAGGGUCUAUUUUAGCAGGUUUUCCAAAGAUUGUGACCUGUGUCGUUAGCAGUUCUCUUUGCUGAUGUAUUUAACGAUCGAUUUUUUCCACGUUAAGUCCACUUGCUGAGGUAAUUUUUCUCGGUCCAAUGGUGUCAUAGACAUUUCAGAGUGUUCAGAACACGAUGGGAAUGUAGGCUCUGUUAUCGGUUCUUUGCACAGCCUAAUUCCCUCUCUUGCAUCGUUACUACCCACGUGAUUUGUAGGACGUGAAAAUUGACUGAUUCAAACUACUGGUGUCUUUUCGUUUUCUUUUUAAAGUAAGUGAGGUAAAUAUUUAUGACUUGAGUUAGACUCCUGUGAAAUAACCUCUAGAGAAGUCACCUUUUGGGAAGUCACUUCAUCGCAAUCCUUUGCCAUUCUUACCGUCUGUGGUAUUGUCAAACAAUGCUAAUCAAAUUAAUUGUAACUUAGAGCAUCCCCUAUCAGAAGAUUUAUUUACCUUGAAACGAUUUACGUGCUGGCUCAAAUUUAGGAAAUGGAAUGUGACUGGCUAACUGUCUAGAAGAAUGUUGCGUUUGAGUUAGCAUAUGUUGAUCUGGAGAAAGGCAACGACGUCCUUGAAAGGACAGCGCGAAGGAUGUGUCGAGUGACAUACCAUUUUGAAUUAAAGAUAUUACGCAUUUUAUUGAGUUUUAAAUGUCAAUAAAGUAAGUAUUUGAUUAUUUUGAAAAAAA